GGAAAAUAUAGCGAUCACAACUUGUCCACGUCAAUGGCAACUCCCAAGUUCAGCUACGUGGUAAUGGUUCGGUGGUCUAAGCGCCUCCGAGCAUAUCCCGCCGAGCAACAGACGCAGGAGCGUGGAUGACUCCGGUGGCGGCAACACACCGCGCGCCUCCGCCGUUCGCGCGAAAUGUCUCUCGCCUUCCAAACUCUCCGUCCGCCGUGUGCGGACCUUCAGCGUCGGCCGCUCGUGACCGCCGGCACCCACCAAGCAGAGAACGAGUCCUGCCGCGCCUGACCACCAACACGUGGCUUCCGAAACCACCACCGGCCGCGUCCGACCCUCUCCCUCCCUCCCGCUCUCUCGCUCCCGUCCGCCGCGCUUCCCGCCGGAAAGCCGACGCGGUUCCCGACGCCGUGGAGGGCGGCGACGGCGGCAGUUCGCGGCGAGCGCUUCAGAUUGCCCUGUGGGUGGCCGAGGCGGUCUACAUCCUGUGGCUCUUUCUCCUCCCUUAUGCUUCUGGAGAUCCGGUGUGGGCGAUCAGUGCAGAGACAGUGAAUUCCCUUGUUGGGCUCUCUCUGAAUUUCUUCUUCAUACUGCCCCUGAUGAACUCUGUCGGGAUUAAUGUGAUUGAUGCCCCGGUCCUCCACCCGAUGUCCGAAGGCCUCUUUAAUUUCGUCAUCGGUUGGACCUUCAUGUUUGCUCCUCUGCUAUUCACCGACCUCAGAAAGGACAGAUACAAAGGCUCCCUGGACAUUUUAUGGGGCCUGCAGAUGUUCCUCACAAACACUUUCCUAAUUCCUUAUAUGGCAAUCCGACUAAAUGAGGCUGAGCGGGACGAAACUCCAGGCAUGCUCUCUCAGCUAGGCUCGGUAAUGACGAAUGGUGCACCCGUUGUGGGACUGAUAGGUGGAGGAGUUUGUCUGAUUUCGGUAUUGUGGGCCCUCUUUGGCAGAAGUGAUAGCGAUUUCAGUAGCAUAGCAGACAGAUUGGACUUCUUAGUAAGCUACCUUGGUUCUGAGAGGCUGGCAUAUGCCUUCAUAUGGGAUAUAGUUCUUUACACGGUCUUCCAGCCUUGGGUAAUAGGUGACAACCUACAAAACAUUCAGGAUAGCAAGAUUGGAAUUGUGAAUUGUCUUAGAUUCAUUCCGGUUGUUGGUUUGAUUGCCUACCUUCUCUGUUUGGAUCAAGACAAGAAUUAUGCCUAACUGUACUGCACUGGAUGUACACAUCAAUGAGUCCACCUGUAGUUCACAGUGUUGUUGUCAAGACCUUUUGGAAAGUUUCUUUCAAGUUGAUUCAACAUCUUACAUUCUCAAUCAUGAUGACUAAACACUGCUUAUCCAGUGGCUUACUGUCUGGUGUUGGAGAUACCUACAUUGCCCUGUUCUUACUAUUGAAUUUUUUGCACACUUUCUUUUC